UGCCCUGCUGCACCUUCUCAGGCUUGAGUGUACAAACAUGGAGUUCUGUAUAGCAUGCCUGAUAAGUGUGCUGUUGGCGGGGUAUUCCACUGGACAAUUAUAUAAAAGCAGGGAUGAGUUCAAAGUCAAAAUUAUCGAUUAUUGUCGGACAGAAAAUUGUGAAAAAGCUCAAUACAGUUACCACAGAAAUAGCUGUCGAGGUCCGAAUUUUUGGAGCCGCGUCACUCCAUGCUGGGGAAGGUGUUCCUCUUUUCGUCAGUCCCCGGUUAAUAUAAUCACCGACGUAACACGUUACGUACCACAUGGACCACUCCAGUUCUCCAAGUUCUGUGACAGAGUCGAUGUUCAACUCAUUCACAGAGGGUUUGUGCCUCACUUUAGGGUGGAUAGAGACAGCAAGAUUGUUAUGUGUAACGUCCCUAACCAGGGAAAGCAAAAGUAUAUCAUCAGGGAUGUACACCCCCAUCUAGGGAGGAGAGAAACUCGAGGAUCGGAACACGCCUUUGAUGGGUCUUUCUACCCGAUGGAGAUACAUUUGGUUUUUAUAAACAGUAGAUAUAGAACUUUCCGGGAAGCGAUGACGAGAUCUGGGGGUCUAGCUGUCAUUGGAGUCAUGGUGGAGAUAGAAGAGAAUAAAAAGGGACGUCGAUCAAAUAGACGUGGUUACACACAUCAGAAGAACUCUUGUAGGAAUGUAGCUAAUUGUAGGCUAAAGAGUGCAACAAGGCUUAGUCAUCUUAUGGUGAAAUACUUCAAAAAGAUAGACAAAGAAAAAACAAACUCGAAAAAUGAAAUGAAUAAGACGUUUACAGCGGAUAUCGGACAGGCUAUUUCUCUGAAUGAAAUCCUUCCUUAUGACCUGAGUUACUAUACAUAUCACGGUUCAUUAACCACGCCGCCAUGUUAUGAAACGGUUCAAUGGAUCAUGAUGAGGUGUCCAAUCAAAGUGACCAGAGAGGCAUACAAGGCCUUGGCAAACUUACCAGAUCUUCAGGGUCACCCACUUAGUAAAUAUGGCACCAGAAGGCCUCUUCAGAGAGGAAUCACAGACCACCCCACUGUUGAUGUACAGCGCAACUUCCUGUGCAAAUCUUCCGGAAAUAGGAGAGAUGUCUGUUACAGACGGGGUUGAUCUCAAAAAGAUAAUUUUUUCAUUAGUUUCAGGGAUUUGCUCACAAUUUACUUUGAAAAUUUAAGCGUUUCCAAUGGAAAUACUAUCUAAUGCAAAUGAUAUAUACGUAUGUACUGUGGAAGGCCACUCGUUUUAUAUUUUACAUCUAAGAGUGUAGUCUGAAGUUAGUGUGAUUGGGGUGUUCAGAGGAUUUUAUUACUCACGUGCUCCAAUUUAAAUAGGCGUGGUAUACAGCAAAUGCAUUUUACUAAAGGUAACUUGACAACCUUUUCGGUUAAUAUGUAUUGGCAAAAAACUUAUUUAUCAUAAGUCUUCCCCAAAUUGUCGCUUAUGCUUAUAUGCAGUUUUAAUCAGGCCUACAAAAAAUUCUCUUUAUAAGACGACCUAUAUACGGAACUUAUAGAUUUACAAUGAAACAACUAGACCUUCGGCUAUCAUCAGCCAACGAUACUCAAUGGAUACGCAUGUGACGGUACAUAUUGUCGUUUUUUACAUAUUGUCGCUGGCGACAUUAUGUGCCUCACCCUCACUGUACAUAGUGUUGCCCCACAGAUAUUGUUGCUUCAAGAUUUUUUUUUUUUUUGUUAUUUGGUAGUUUUGUGAAUGCAGUACUGUAAUUGGUGUGUGAUUCACAC